UUUGAGAUGUACAUUUGAAGUAACGUGAUACUGUUUGGCUGUCACAGCCACGCAGAAAUGCAGUUUGUGUAAGUGCUACUGAACUAAAUAGAGUUAUUGAAAACCCACUUUCUUAAUAAUCUUUCUUAAAUGGAACUGCAAGCGGACAAUGAUCUCUAGACAAGCUCCUGGACAGAGUGGCCUGAGUCUGAGACACUGAAGGGAACGUGGGAAAACGAACUGUCACCACUUUGACCAUGAUGGAGUUUUUUCGAAGAUCUGAAGAUGAUUAUUUGACAAAUAUUAAAUUUUUAAUAUGCAUUGCAGUGUCGUUCAUGUUCAUAGUUGGAGAUAAAUCUGUUGAUGCAUUCCCUGCUUGGAGACCUCAGUUAGAAAAUACUGUACCUUCCAGUUUGCUGGUGUUCGAUGUUCACUCCACAUUCCAGCAUCAGGCAAGAAAGAAGAGGUACACAUUAACUCCGCAAAUGCAGAAAUGGGAUCAUUUCAACCUAACGUACAAAAUUCUGUCCUUUCCAAAGACCCUGAAUGAAAAGGACACAGAAAAGGCAAUUGCACUUGCUUUUCAAAUGUGGAGCGAGGUUUCUCCUUUCAAUUUCACUGAAGUUCCUGCAAAUGUCAGUGCUGACAUUAAAAUCGGAUUUUAUCCCAUAAAUCACACUGACUGCUUGGAAGUUCCUUCACAUCCAUGUUUUGAUGGGAUAACUGGAGAACUAGCACAUGCUUUCUUUCCAUCCCAUGGAGAAAUCCAUUUUGAUGAUUUUGAACAUUGGAUAUUGGGUAAAACUCGCUUCAGCUGGAAGAAAAUUGUCUGGCUCACUGAUUUGGUACACGUUGCAGCCCAUGAGAUUGGACACAGCCUUGGAUUAAUGCACUCUCAGAACUCGAAUGCACUUAUGCACAAAAAUGCUACUUUAACAGGAAAAGAUAAAAUCAGUCAGGACGAUAUUUGGGGGAUUUGGAGGCUGUAUGGUUGCCUAGACAGACUUGAUGAAUGUCCUUCCUGGGCACAGAUGGGUUUCUGUGAAAAACGUCAUUCUUUCAUGAAGAAGCAUUGCCCCUUAAGCUGUGACUUCUGCAGAGAUCCACCCAUUCCAACCAAUGCACCUACACCUGUACCCCCCAGGACUAAGGUUAGACGAGUUUCCAAAGGACGGAAGGUUACAGUUCAAUGUGGACGGAAGGUUGCUCAUAAGAAAGGGAUAUUGAAAUGGUAUAAAGAUGACGAGCUAUUAGAGUUUUCAUAUCCUGGUUAUAUCUCCAUGAACCGGAAUAAGCUCACCAUCAUUGCCAAUGCAAUCAAUCAAGGAACCUACACUUGUCUAGUGAAGAAAAAAGACAAAAUUCUUACAAAAUAUUCCUGGCGGUUAAUAGUUAAAGAGUAAAAGACGUUAAACAUAUAGUGACUGGGUACACAUUAUGUAACAAAUUUAUUGCACCGUGAUUGUUUCAUUGUGGAAAUUUCCAUUUAUGGUUUGGAUGUUUGUACAGUGAUCUUUAUUAAAUCGGAUGGCUUUAUUUUAUCAAAAGAGUAUCUUGUUUCUCACAAGGCCAGUAAAUUAACUGGGUUUGGCCAUAGGUAGAGUGCUACUAUUCCCAAUCAAUGUCUUCCUAAAGACUGAAGGAUGUAUAAAGUAAUUAGAGUGAAGGGAGCUUCCAGCUUCCAUCCUCAUGCAAGCUGUAUGUCAGCUGAGAAUGAUGAACACAACACUGAUCAGAAAUGGCUAAGUAGGCAAGCUGUUACAGUAUAGCUUCAACACUGACAUUUGCCUACAUAUAUGCCAUGCAUAAAAGGCAGUACAAAAUCCAAUCAGUGCUACUAAACAGGAUCUGCUCAGCUCCUGACCUAAUUACAGCCCUACUUUAAACAUAGACAAAAGAGCUGAACCCCUGAGAUGAGUGUGUCACAUGCAGCUUUGGUGUCAAUAGCAGCCAGAGUAUGUCAUCAAGGAGUCCUAACAAAACUGGAGUCGAUAGGAAUCGUAGAGAAAACUCCCCUAAAUGGAGUCAUACCUGGCACAAAGGAAAAUGGUUAUGAUUGUUGGAGGUCAGUCAUUCAACUCCAGGACAUCGCUGCAGCUAUUCCUCAGGAUAGUGUCCAACCAUUUCUAGCUGCUUCAUCAAUGAUAUUCCCUCCAUUGUAAUGUCAGAAGUGGGGAUAUUUUCUAAUCAACCUGUUCUGAGAUGUUAUCUCACACUUCUGGAGCAGGGGAGUCUUGAACCUAGAUCUCCAGUACACUACCACUGUGCCACAAAGUCCUGUAGAAAUGGGGAUGUUACUGAUGAUGAUGACACAGCUUUCAGCAGCCAGUCUGCCAUUUGUGUGCUUGACUGUACAAAGCAGCAGCAAGUUUCAUGUUAAGGUCUCAUUAACAAUAGACAUUUUUUCUGAUUGAUUGAAAAGCACAAGCCUGGUUCAACAAAGUCCACUGGAAUCUUUGCAACCAAAUUCUCUGAACCACCUUUUAAAAGUAACCAGCUUUGGGUUGCAUAAUUCUGGUUACAAUGUUCCUUUUUAAUAGCUUUCAAAAGUCUCUUUUGUUAAAAAAACACAUUUAAUUUGGGGACAUUCUUUACACCCAAAGUGUUUUUUUAAAUAAUCCCUAUUACUUCCACAGGGCAGUCUCCUGUAGAGUUGCACUUUAGCUUUGAUUCCAUGUUCACAUGUAAACUUAUUAAAAUUCUGUAGUCGAUUAUCAAGCUAUGGGCUAUGCAGUCCAAAAAUUGUGUUCUGUCCCAUUACUUAAUCCUAGAAAAUGUAUGUCGAUUGUUUGUUCAAUGGAGAAGAGAUCAGCAAGGAAUCCUGAAGGUAAACAUUUUCUUCUUAAAGUUUAGAAUAUCAAAAAAACAAAACCGGUACCUCAGAUGCUGUUUCAAAUGUCUGAAAACUAGACCCGACUUCAGAAGUAACACAAUGGAUUAAACAGUUUAUAGUAACCAUGAGAUUACAUGUUACAGAUGGUUAACAAACCAGAUGUUUUUCUUUGUUAGAUUAGCAAAUGAAUUUAAAUCUUAUUUUGGUGACCACUGGAUAUGUCUGAAAUAUAGCACAACCUAAUUGAGCCAGAUAGCUCUCACUACACACUUUUCUGGGGUAAUACAGUUUAUUUAGUUUGAAUUCUGGACCUUGAAGCCUAUACCUACAAAAGACUUUUUCAAAUCCAUGUCCUCACGUAGACAAGUUCUUUAAAAAAUUCAUUAACAUUAUUGAAUUCAAAAUCCCCAGAACAUUAUCUGGGUCUCUGGGUUAACAGUCCAGUGACAACGUCACUAGGCCUUUGCCUCACCCUUGGAGAGUUCCAAUUGAAGAACUAAACUAUGUUCAGAGUUCAGUUCUGCGGACACUUUUAGGGAUUCCUUCUGAUAAAUCUACAGCUUUACUAAUACAGACCAAGAUUCAAGACAAUACUCUAGAUGUAUAGCACAUCACAGCUAAAUACAAGCAAUUCUGAAGAAGUCACCUCAAACUCAAAACUUUGAACUGUUUGUUGAGGUUGGUCGGCUUGCUGAGCUGGUUCAUUGUUCCGCAGACAUUUCAUUACCCUGCUGGGUAACAUCAGCUACGUAGACAAUACCGUUGUCAUUAUUAAACGGACCAAACUAAUA